GCCUCGAUCUCCCUGUUCUGCCGCGACUUAGAGCGCAUCCUGCCCUCGACCUCCACCCCUAUACCUCUCAUAUACCUAAAGAAGAGGUAUUUCCAUACCACGAGAAAGACUGGGCAAAGCGAGGUAAAUUUCCCCUUGUUGGCGCCACACUUCAAGCCCUUUCGGACUACCACGAACAAGUUUACCUGACUUCCGGCUAUCAGAACACCUUUACUGAUCCUAAUCCCCCAAAACAAGAUGAAUUAAUGGACUUUACCCACGGGCCUGAUGAAAAGGAUGACGAUGAAGAAGAAAAAGAUCGGAAAGGUGAAAUCGGGGAUUGCAAUAACAAUGAAGAAAAGAAAGCAGGCGAGCCUCAAGAUGAGUCAACAGGAGAUUGCUCAGAAGGUUCCAAAGCUCUUCAACGUCUGGCACCCUGCUGGCCUCCAAAAUGUUACAUUAUAGAUCCCGUGACUUUGAAAAUUUGCGAAAGAGGACUAACAAAAACGCUCUGCAGUCCCGUCGCCCGUAACCAACUGAAAGGCAACAGUAAAUCGGCCAAAAAUCGCAAAACGCUAUAUCCAAAGAAAACUGUCCACUUCUUAGAUGAGAAAACGGAUAGUGCACAAGCUGAUUUUUCUAUAUUCCCGAUUCUACCUCCACUUACGCCAUCGGAACAAAAUAUUCACGUGCCCAUGGGACCUGAUUUGUCCUGGUUACCCGUCCCAAUCGGUGAACAUGCAGAGAAAGAAGCGACAGACAAGUACAAUUGGUUUUGGAGACACCAACUUCAUCCUGCGCCAUGCAUAAUUGAUAAGAACGGAAAGUGGUGGAGGAGCAAUAUUCCACAGAAAUUGGGGGUUUGCUUCAAAACUGACGCCCAUAAAAAGUACCACAUGCUGCAUCCAGAAGCGGUUCCAGAUCUCCGGGACUCCAUGGUUUAUCACAAGAAAUAUUUCUUCCAUGGCUAUCACUCCACGGCGUUUAGGGGAUAGGUUAGCUGACAAGGAAGAAACCAGUUAUCAGAUGUACGAUAACUGAGGCAGACGAUAAAACAUCGGAACUGAACAUUAUGUAGAUGUUCUCAAAUAUCUUGUUUUAGAGAUUGUGCUGUACGCAAAUUACAUCAUUUGUUAAUGAAGGUAUCUUCAUCCAAAACAGAGCGAUAUUAACAAUCGUAAAUAUCCCACAAAUCCAGAUUGUUUUAAUUGAAUUCUAAUUAUUGAAAUAUGUCGGUCUAGUCUAAAUGGCAGCAUGUGCUUUAUCAAGUGAUUAAGAAGUUAUAAUUAUCUACUGGCCUCACCUAUCACUCGCUCACGUAACCGUGAUACAGUUGGUAUGAGGUCCCAUUAUAUCAGUUCAUCUCUUGGUGUUGUUUUAAAAGUAGUUCCAAAAUUUCACAUAGAGGCUUCUGUUGUUCGUGAUCAGUG